CAAACAUUUACGGGAGUAAACCAUCCAAACACAGCCUCCAAUCUUGGCAGUAGGGUUGAUCAAGAAGACACCGAGUCACCGACUCAGCCUAUUUUGACACAGUAAAAAUCUGACAUUUUAUAUACUCGCCGCCAACGGCGUAAACGCAAUUCUGUAUCCAAAAUCCAACCUUGGAAGAAAUGCCGGGUUUAACUUGCAACGCCUGCAACAAAGAAUUCCAUGACGAAUCGGACCAGAAGCUCCAUUACAAAUCCGAAUGGCACUGCUACAAUCUCAAACGCAAGGUUGCAGGAGUUCCAGGGGUUACAGAGUCUCUCUUCCUUGCCAGACAGUCUGUCAUCGCAGAAGCAAAGAAAAAGUCAACCGAAACUCCAAUGCUCUAUAAGUGUGGUGUGUGUGGGAAAGGGUACCGAAGUGCCAAGGCUCAUUCUCAGCAUUUGGAAUCAAAGAGCCAUUUGUUAAGGGCUUCACAAAUGCCAAAUCCUGAUGACGAUAGAAAUGUUAUAAUCAGACCUCUCUCGCACCUGAAUUUGGAUAGCUCCUCUCAUAAGGUAGAGGAGAUAGAUAUUGAUGAAAGUGAUGAGAGUGAGUGGGAGGAGGUUGAUCCCAUGGAAGAAGAUCCUUUGAUGCAACUCAAGCUUAAUGAACAUACUUAUAAUGGGAUUAUGCAAGAUGGUGAUAUGGAUGACGAGGGUUAUGAUGAAGAGCUGGAUCCAUCAUGUUGCUUCAUGUGUGAUUUAAAGCUUAGAACAAUAGAAAGCUGUAUGGUUCACAUGCACAAACAACAUGGAUUCUUCAUUCCUGAUGUUGAGUAUCUGAAGGAUCCUAAAGGCUUUCUGACUUAUGUUGGUCUCAAGGUUAAGAGGGACCACUUUUGUCUCUAUUGCAACGACAGAUGCCAUCCUUUCAGUAGUUUAGAAGGAGUUAGGAAGCAUAUGGAAGCAAAAAGUCACUGUAAAGUGCGCUAUGGUGAUGGAGGUGAUGAUGAAGAUGCAGAACUAGAAGAGUUUUAUGACUAUGCCAGCAGCUACGUGGACUCAAAUGGAAAAGAGCUGGUUGCGUCAGAUGACACUGGUUGUGGGGUUGAGCUCGGAAGUGGUGGGUCUGAGCUGAUAAUUAAGAAACGGACUGAUAACCGAUUGUCUACCAAAACAAUUGGAUCCAGAGAGUUUUUGCGGUAUUACCGCCAGAAACUGAGGCCUACUUGCGAGGGCGAUAUUGCUCUCACAGCUGCAUUAGCUUCCAGGUAUAGAAGCAUGGGGCUCGCAACCGUGCAGUCGAGAGAGAACAUGGUUAAGAUGAAAGUGCUGAAGGCCAUGAAUAGAUCUGGUCCUGAGGCCAUGCGCACAAAGAUUGGUAUUAGAAAUAAUGUCAUUCGAGUCCUCCCAAAGAAUGUACCAUACUAAACCUCAUCUAUAUUAUUGUGCUAGAGAUUUUCAUGCUGGUCAGCUUUCAUGUAUGUCCGUGGUGUGGGUUGAACUAAUUACUUCCGUGACUAAGAAAGUUGAACCUUUCAUAAAGUCUGUCCAAUAUGUGCUGCUGCUGCUGUAUUUGUCCAUUUUUUCCAUGAACGUUUGUGAGACUCAUAAUUUAUAAGGUCGUGGCGAUUCAUGGUCGGUUGCUCAUCAGUGUAUGAGCUCCCAACAUAAGUAGUAUGUUGCAUUGUCAAUGGUCAUUUUAUGUCUUGACUCUUGAGCUUUGAUGAUAUUUCGAUUCUACACAUUUGAAGUAUCUUAUAUGUAUACUUCGUGUCUCUAUUUUCACGCACAUUACAACUUUGUGUUAUGGCAUCAACAUGAGUGAAUGAAUAUACUUCGUAUGUGAUAUUGCCCUACAUGCUCUACACCCAAGUUUCCGGCAUCUCUUGUGUAACUAUAUUAGAUACUUUUUUACCGGUGGGCGUAGCUCAACUGGUAGCGAGUGAGUGCUACAAGGGUUAGGUCUCGGGUUCGAAUCCCGGCAACUGCGAUAAGAGGUUACUAUGUUGAAGAAUGCAUAGGGCCUCUGCAAGUACCGGGGACGGAGCCCCACUCUCUAUCUGUCAGGUUGUGAUUAUAGUCCAACUUACAUCUUCUCAUCGUGCUGUCCGGUCGGUGUUGGGGGACCCUCAGGGAUGGGGUGUCAUCCCUUUUUAUUAGAUAAAUUUCUUUUUAGAUCCCACACAUUAAUGAUUAAUGUGAAGUGCAAAGCACGUGAUUUUUAUAUGCUCUCCA